AUGCUGGCGCAUGAGCUGGUCCUGCAUAACACACUGCCGGGCGCCCCGUCCACCACAAGGGCCAUUCCCACUCCCUUUUCUGCCUUUGGUAACGUCGUUGCAUACGGCAGCGGCAACAAUGUGGUGGUCCGUGAACUGGAGAGGCCGGGAAAUGUGAUCGUCAGCUGUAGACACACUUCACCGGUCACGGCUGUGCGGAUCAGUCCCUCUGGGAAAUUGGUGGCGUCUGGGGACCAAAAAGGAAAUUUGUUGGUGUGGGUUCGUCAGCCCGACGCCCGGGAAUUGCUCAAUACGAAACAACUGCAGGGUUCUGUGCGGGACAUUGGCUGGACAAAUGACGAGGAGCGGCUUGUGGUUGUGGGCGAUGGAAAAAGUCAUUUUGCGGCUGCCAUCAGCAUCACGGGCAAUACGAUUGGUGACAUCAGUGGUCACACUCAAAAUAUUUUUUCUUGCGACAUGCGCGGUGAUCAUCCCUACCGCAUUGUGACGGGAGGCGCCGACGCCAUUGUGGGGGUUUAUGAGGGCGUACCCUUCACGUUCAAGUGCAAUGUGAGGGGCCACAGUGGAAUGGUGACAUGUGUGCGUUACAGUCCGAACAUGGAGAUGAUUGCAACGGCUUCGAGGUCUUCUAAUGUUCUUCUUCUUGAUGGUAAAACAGCAGAGCAAAGGAACUCCAUUGAGACGGGACACAAUGGCACCAUUUACUCUGUUGCAUGGAGUCCAGACGGUCGUAAAAUCGCCACGGCCAGUGCCGACAAGAGCGUUAAAGUUUUUGAUGUCGCGACCGGUGUGGUGAUAAGCUCCUGUUCAUUUGGAACAGAUGUCAUGGAUAUGCAACAGGGAAUAGUGUAUACUCCGCAGGGCAUAUUAUCCUUAUCGUUUGGUGGAAAGUUGACGCUAAUUGAUGAAAAUGGCAAUAUAAAAAGUGUAAUGUUGGGACACCAGGGACGAAUUUUGCUCUUGCAUCCACAUUUGAAUGGAACGAUGGUUUCUGUCAGCGUUGAGCGGGCUCUGAUUUGGAAAGACACCAGUGAUCCUUCUGGGACCGCACGCGAAGUGCCCAUCGCUUCCAACGUAAUCACUGCUGCAGCCGGCAAUGGAGAUUAUUUGUACCUUGUAUCUGGUACCGAUCUGCUGCGAUUUGCUUUGACUAGCACCGAACUGACCGUUCUCUCAAGGGAAGCGGCGAAUGUCACCGCUCUGGCCAUUACGGCAGAUGAAAAUGCGGUGCUUUUAUCAAAACAUGGAUUUAUUUUAAUAGAUGCAUCGGGGUGCAAAGUAGCGGAAGAGAAACUGAAAAACUUCGACGGCAUCAGCGCGGCGGCCCAUGACAACAUGGUUGUGUUGGGUAGCGAUGGUUCGGUGGAAGGAUACCGUGUCACCACAGGUGCAUCACCGGAAGCGUGUGUGCGGUUUUCCGGCUAUCACACAGGAAUGGUCGCAUGCGUGGCAUUCUCGAGGGACGGGCAACGUGUUGCCUCUGGGGAUGCUAAUAGAAACAUUUUUGUCUGGUCGCCUUUUGAUGGUAGCGUUUUAUAUAGAGAUUUGGUGUUCCACACCCUGCGAGUGACCUCGCUGGCUUUUUCACCCCAAAACACUUCAUGGCUUCUUUCAGGCAGCAUGGACGCCUCUCUUAUUGUGUGGGAUCUUGACAAAAAAACACGCAAAAUGGAGGACGCGGCACACCGCGGUGGUGUGUCAGCCGUGGCGUGGACGGAGGAUGGAAAAUUGUUUUCGGGUGGAAGCGACUUUUGCGUGCGUCAGUGGAUUCUUCCAAGCUGA